AUGGACAGCGAGGAAGAAGUACCAAAGCCUAAGCCAAGAAAGAAAAGCGAGAAGAAGGUGGUUCCUAUCGGACGUAACGGACUCAGAAAGAAGAGGGUCACGAAGAGCCGGACGACAACGGACGCAAAAGGCUAUAUGAUAACCGAAGAUUAUUCUUCUUAUGAAUCCGUCGACGACGACGAACCAGAUUCCGAGCUGCCUGCGAAAGGGAAAGGGAAAAAGAAGACUACAGCGGAAACGAAACCAGAGAAGGAUACCAACCCCGCUCGCGAGGCUCCCAAGCCCAAAGCAGAUGUUUCUCGCGCCUCGAAAGCGAAGUCAUCAUCGGCAAAGCGUGGCAGCCUCCUUAACUUCUUUGGUCCUGAGAGAGGCAAGAAAUAG